GAAAAUCCACCCAAUACCCGUCAUCCUCUCACACACGCCAUAGCGUAGAGUAGAGAAAGAGAGAGAGAGGAGUUCUGGUCUUCCCUCUGCUUCCAUAUCCACCAAGUCUCAACCACUCAAGUCAGAGGGGAGGAAAUCACAAGAGGCCGUGCGCGCUGCCUCUCCUUCUCGGUCUUCGCGUGGUUUUGUGGGGAUUUGACGAGACGGAUGUGCCGACAAAAGCGCCUGCCCUGAAGUUGGAUACCGUGGACUGAGCGAAAGGUUUACUCCUACCUAGUAUCUUAAAGAGGAGCGCGGAAACGAGAACGCGAGCCCCGUGUUUUACUGCGCUCGGAGCACCAUGAAGCUCCUGUGCUGGAUGGCGCUCGCGCUGCUGCUGGCGCAGACUGCACUGGCACAGCGUCGCAAACCUCGUCCAAGUGAUGAUGAGAGUUCUGGAGAUGGACUUUUAGACGAUGAGGACUACUACUCUGGAUCCGGUUCUGGCUUUCCAGAUAUGGAUGUUAGACCUACUGCAGCAGGUGUGACUGUCAUUACAGAAGAGACCCUUCCACUUUCUACCACACACUCCACUGGCCCCGCCCCCUCUGCCUCCCCCGCCGCAGAGCCAAGUAGCCCACCUCCACCUGAGGUAGAACGUGAAAGUGGCUUGGGACAAGAUGUUAACGGAGAAAGCACAUCGGAGACGGAGAGGCAGGAGUUUGAGGAAGAGAAAAUGACACGGUCGAAGGAACAGGAAAGAGAACGGGAAUCUGAGGUCAGAAUAAGUUUGAAUAAAGAGCAGGAUGUAGAACAGGAACAAGAGAGGUCGAAAGCUACGGUUGCCCCCCGGCUGACUGAUGUUCCUGUAUUCUUCGUGGAUACAUCCGCCCCUCUGGGUGAGACUACAGUGGCCACUAGUGAACCGGAGGACAUCGUCACCACAGAAGAAGAGGACGAUAUAUACAUUACUACAGAGCCCAUCAUGUUUGAGCCAUCCAGCACACCGGGUACAACAGCAGAUGACAUCACAACCACUGAGGUCAUCCCCACCACCGCUGAGUCCACCACUGCUAAGCCAACCAGACCACGUCCUGCCCCGACCACUCCGAGCACUGCCCCGGUGCGCCCCCGGAAACCACACACUACCCCGAGCAGAGCCGCCCCCACUGAGAGCAGCACUCGUUCAGUGAUGACCACAACACAGACACAAACACCAGAUGAAACUGUAAAUAAUGAAGUUGCAGGACCAGGUCCAACUGAUGAUUUUGAAAUCCGCGAGAAUGAAGGUCGCCAAGGCAAUGAGGUCGGGACAGGCAGAGGGGCGACUGGCGUGGCAGGAGAACCAGAUCUGACUGGUAACACAGUAGAUGCUGCUGGAAGCUCAGCCGCUCAACUUCCACAGAAGAACAUCCUCGAGAGGAAGGAAGUUUUGAUAGCUGUGAUUGUCGGAGGUGUAGUCGGAGCACUCUUUGCAGCAUUCCUCGUAAUGUUACUCGUCUACCGGAUGAAAAAGAAAGAUGAAGGCAGCUACACAUUGGAGGAGCCUAAACAAGCCACCGUCACCUACCAGAAACCAGACAAGCAGGAAGAAUUCUACGCCUAACAUCCAUACGUACAACCUGCUUUAUCUCUCCAACCUUGUCCCGUCUCUAUCUGACCCCCUCCCCCCUUCCCUUUCUUUUGAUAUCACCCCUUUUCCUUAGAUCCCUUUCUUCCCUCGUUUCCCCAUGAGAGUGCCUCUCAUUCCACGGACUUUGAACUUUCUUUUCCAAAAAAAAAAAGAAAA